AUGUUUUCUUUGAUUCUGCUGGUAUUUGUUCUCUUUAACUCUCAUAAUCUAGUGAGCUGUUUGAAUAUUGAAGGGUAUGCACUUUUGUCAUUUAAGCAGUCCAUUAAGGAAGACCCAGAAGGGUCUUUGAGUAGCUGGAACUCGUCUGAUGAUAACCCUUGUUCAUGGAAUGGGGUUACAUGCAAGGACUUUAAAGUUAUGUCUGUCAGCAUUCCAAAGAAGAAACUUUAUGGGUUUCUUCCUUCUGAUCUUGGGUCACUCUCUGACCUUAGACAUGUAAAUUUGAGGAAUAAUAGGUUCUUUGGUAGUUUGCCUGCUGAGCUCUUUCAAGCUCAAGGACUACAAAGUUUGGUCCUCUAUGGGAAUUCCUUAUCUGGGUCUUUGCCAAAUCAGAUUAGCAAGCUUAAGUACCUUCAAACCUUGGAUUUAUCCCAGAAUUUCUUCAAUGGGUCAAUACCCCUAUCAAUUGUUCAAUGCAAGAGACUUAAGGCCCUUGAUCUUAGCCAAAACAAUUUCACCGGUUCUUUGCCAGUUGGGUUUGGUACUAGUUUGGUCUCUCUUGAAAAACUUGAUCUUUCAUUCAAUAAAUUCAAUGGUGCAAUUCCUAGUGAUAUGGGAAAUUUGUCUAGCUUACAAGGAACUGCUGACUUGUCACACAAUCUCUUUACUGGUUCAAUCCCAGGUAGCCUUGGAAACCUUCCUGAGAAGGUUUAUAUUGAUCUAACUUAUAACAAUUUGAGUGGUCCAAUACCUCAAAAUGGUGCUCUAAUGAACAGAGGACCAACAGCAUUUAUUGGAAAUCCUGGUCUAUGUGGUCCUCCGUUGAAAAAUCCAUGUUCUUCAGGUACGGCUGCUGCAAGUGCACCUUCAUCAAUCCCUUUUUUGCCUAAUAACUCCGCCCCUCAAGGUUCAUAUAACAGUAGCAGAAAGACUGAGAAAGGAAGAGGACUGAGUAAGAGUGCUGUUGUUGCGAUAAUUGUUAGUGAUGUCAUUGGAAUUUGCCUUGUUGGAUUGUUGUUUUCGUAUUGUUAUUCAAGGAUUUGUCCACGUAGAAAGGAUAAGGAUGAAAAUUGUUAUGGUUUUGACAAGGGAGGGAAGAGAAGGAGAGAGUGCUUGUGCUUUAGGAAGGAUGAGUCUGAGACUCUAUCGGAGAACGUGGAGCAGUAUGAUCUUGUGCCACUGGAUGCGCAGGUGGCUUUUGAUUUGGAUGAGUUGCUUAAGGCAUCGGCUUUUGUUUUAGGAAAGAGUGGUAUUGGGAUUGUUUACAAAGUUGUGCUUGAAGAUGGGCAUACUUUAGCUGUGAGAAGAUUGGGCGAGGGAGGCUCGCAACGAUUUAAGGAAUUCCAAACAGAAGUGGAAGCAAUUGGCAAGCUAAGGCAUCCUAAUAUUGUAACUCUCAGGGCUUAUUACUGGUCUGUUGAUGAGAAGUUGCUCAUCUAUGAUUACAUACCAAAUGGGAGUCUUGCCACAGCACUUCAUGGGAAGCCUGGAAUGGUGUCAUUUACCCCAUUAUCAUGGUCUGUUCGGUUGAAAAUCAUAAAGGGAAUUGCGAAAGGCUUGGUUUAUCUUCACGAAUUCAGCCCUAAAAAAUAUGUUCAUGGAGAUCUGAAACCAAGUAAUGUACUUCUUGGACAGAAAAUGGAACCACACAUUUCUGAUUUUGGACUUGGGCGACUUGCUACUAUUGCUGGAGGGUCCCCAACCCUGGAAUCUAAUCGAAUUGCCUCUGAGAAACCACAAGAGAGGCAGCAAAAGGGUGCGGCAAGCUCAGAAGUUGCUACAGUUUCAUCUACAAACCUGGGAUCUUAUUACCAGGCUCCUGAAGCACUAAAAGUUUUGAAACCGUCACAGAAAUGGGAUGUUUACUCUUAUGGAGUUAUCUUGCUAGAAAUGAUCACAGGAAGGUCGCCAGUGCUCCAUGUCGGUACCUCUGAGAUGGAUCUCGUUCACUGGAUUCAGCUUUGCAUUGCAGAGCAGAAACCACUUGCAGAUGUCUUAGACCCCUAUUUAGCUCCAGAUGUGGACAAGGAAGAAGAGAUUAUUGCAGUUUUGAAGAUUGCAAUGGCUUGUGUUCAUAGCAGCCCUGAAAGGAGGCCUACAAUGAGGCAUGUCUCUGAUGUUUUUAACAGAUUGGUCGUAUCCUCUGACUAA